GCCGCGCGGUGCCGGCGCCAUGGCCCAGCCCGGGCCGCUGGCCUGGAGCCCCGGCGACGGCCGGGCCGCGCUUCGCCCCCCGACCGGCCUGGAGGUGAAGCUGGGCUCGCUCGCGACGCUGCUGCUGCUGACCCUGGCCAGCGGCCUGGGGCCCCUCUGCUUCUUCCGGCGCCCGCCGAGCGCCGGCGCCUCGGCAGAGACGCGCGGGAAGGUCCUCAGCCUCGUGAGCUGCUUCGCCGGCGGCGUCUUCCUGGCCACCUGCCUGCUCGACCUGCUCCCGGACUACCUGGCGGGCAUCAACGCGGCGCUGGAGGGGCUGCGGGUCUCGCUCCAGUUCCCGCUGCAGGAGUUCAUCCUGGCCAUGGGCUUCUUCCUGGUGCUGGUGAUGGAGCAGAUCGUGCUGGCCUACAAGGACCAGGCGGGCUCGCUGGAGGAGGAGACGCGGGCGCUGCUGGGGGCCGCCGCCGCGCCGGAUGGCUCCAUCCAGGGUCCCCGCUGGCCCGACGGCCCCGCGCACCCGCCCGGGCCCCCCGGACCCGCCCGCCCGCACCUGCACGUCGACUUCAACGCCCACUCGGCCGUGCGCUCCUUCCUGCUGGUCUUCUCGCUGUCGCUGCACUCGGUGUUCGAGGGGCUGGCCGUGGGGCUGCAGGAGGCUGAGGCCAAGGUGCUGGAGAUCUGCCUGGCCCUGCUCAUCCACAAGUGUGUGGUGGCCUUCAGCCUGGCACUGAAGCUGCUGCAGGGCCGGCUGCGCCCCCGCGCCGUGGCCGCCUGCCUGCUGCUCUUCGCCCUCAUGUUGCCGCUGGGCAUCGGGCUCGGUGUGGCGGUGACGGCGGGCGCCGGCGCCCUGCAGCGCCUCUGGCGCAGCGUGCUCGAGGGCCUGGCCACCGGCACCUUCGUCUACAUCACCUUCCUGGAGAUCCUGCCCCAUGAGCUGGGCAGCCCCCAGCACCGCAUCCUCAAGGUCAUCCUGCUCAUUGCCGGCUUCGCCCUCGUCACCGCCAUCCUCUUCAUCAAGAUCUGAGGCCGCCCCCUGGUCGGGAAGCGGUGGGAGAAGGGGAAGCCCCACGUGUCCCAUUUUGAGAGCAGAACCGGGUGAAACUGGGAGCUCCCCAGCAGGACCUCCUGCCCCCUACAUCCUGUGUGCAAGUGCCAAAUUGCCACUCCGAGGGUGAGACCCUUCCCUGUGCCUUGGUCCCCCCGUCUGCGAAGGGGGAAUGGUGCUAUUUCCGGUGGGACCGUGGGGCCGGCAGGCGCCUUCCCCCCUGCUCUGCGGUCCCCCCCACCUGCCCUGUGCCCACAAGUGCCCUUAGCGCGCUGGCAAGGCCCAGCAGCGCCCACGUCUCCAGCCGCCCUCCUCUUCGGUGCCUGCGGGUGGGGAGAGAUUUUGGAUGGAAAAAGCAAAUAAAGGACUCAAAGUGA